AUGAGAAGAGGUGGUGGAGGAGGAAGGGGCUCUGGGAACUACACAAACCCGUGCUUGACCAUGCACCAACCAUGGGCUUCGUUGUUGGUUUAUGGUAUCAAACGCAUUGAAGGCAGGUCAUGGACUGCUCCUAUUAGAGGCCGCCUUUGGAUUCAUGCUGCAAGUAAAGUUCCAGAGGAAGAUACAAUUAAAGCGAUGGAAGACUUCUAUAGAGAAAUUUAUGCAGUGAAUGGCAUUACUGACAUACAGUUUCCUGAGCAUUAUCCUGUUUCAAAACUUUUAGGGUGUGUUGAAGUGGUUGGCUGUGUUAGAUGUGAAGAGCUAGCGAGCUGGGAGGCGGUACCUGAAGGGGUGAGGCUAGAAGGACAAACAGAUUUUUGCUGGCUUUGUGAACAGCCACAGAAAUUGCUAGUUCCUUUUGAUAUGCGAGGCUAUCAAGGUGUAUAUAACUUGGAAAAGAAGAUAUACGAGGCUGCUGUUAGAGGUCUUGUCCCUGUUAAAGGUCCAAUGCCGGUAAAAUUUCCCUUUCCAAAUCCUCGAGAUCCCUUUUCCUUAAAACCAGGCUCUAUUUCUGCACUGUUCUCUGAGAACGAAGCAUCUGGAGUGGUGAAAUCAGAAAGUCUCAGUGCAGCCAUUGCUGGUGCACGAGCAGCAGCUACACAGUUCAACAAGAAAGAUCAAAACCUUCUAACUAAUAACAUCAAAAAUAGCAAUUCCAACUCCUCAAGCAGUGGUCAACCGGACAGCAAAUCAUUGGAAGAAGAUAAAAUGCUACAGAGCUACUCACAUGGACAUUCUAAUGAGAAAUUAUCAGUUCCAAAUAACACAGAGCAACACAAUCCAAUUCAGUACAAGGAAAGCAGUAGCCACAGUCAAACUCGUGAAGGUUUAAAACAAAUUCCAGGAGCUUCUGCUAAGGUUAUUUCUUGA